UCUUCACAUUGAUAUUUGACUACGAGACAUUGUUGAUAUUUUGGAAUUUGUUAAUUUAUUAUGACUUUUUAAUUGAAUGUAUUUAAUAUUUAUUAAACCAUGUUACGUAAGGACUACAAUAACUUUGUGCGACCCACGUCAUCUGGGAUAACUGUGUCCAAUGCGAUAAGUGGUGAUGAGGCCAAAAAGUUAUACUUGGAAGAAGUGAAUCAAGUGUUAAGAAACAAAAAUCCCAUUUCCCUGCAUGAAAAAGACGACGUUAACAUUAAGAAAACAUCAAUCAACAAACAUAAGAGAAAAUUUGACGACGUAGACGUAUCUAAUCUAAAACUUUUUACGAGUGUACAGAAUAAUGAUAUCAAUACUUUAAAUCAUAUCUUAGAUGUUUGUCCCGAUAAGAUAAGUGCAGUGGACGAGUAUGGUUGGAGUUUGCUCAUGAUAGCCUGCCAAGCGAACUCUCAGGAUGUUGUCAAAGAACUUCUAAAACAUGGUGUUGAUACUACAGUCCAAGAUAAAGCAGGCAACUCAGCUCAGAGUUUAGUUAUUAGGAAUAAAAAUAGUCACUUAGCUGAUCUCCUUUUGAGUCAUGUAUCAAAUGAUAAUCAUAUUAAAAGUGAUAUUAAAACACAAACAGUAGCAAAACAUAAAACAAGACAUAAAGAUUACAUAUGUGAUAUAUGCAAUCAUAAAACAUUUACAAGCAAAAAAGAUCACUUAUCAUCAACUCUACAUAAUAUAAAUGCUAGCAAAGGCAAGAAAAUACCAACAAAUUAUGUAAUACCACAAUGUAACAAAGGCUAUCAGAUUAUGUUGAAAACUGGAUGGGAUAGAGAAACUGGUCUUGGUCCGGAUGGGUCAGGUAAAAAGUAUCCAAUAAAAGCAGUUCCCAAGUAUGAUAAAAUGGGACUUGGUCAUGAAAAGAAUAAAGUGAAACUUGUAAAGGAUGAAUUGCCCAAGCAGCAUCUAAAUAAACAAUGGCAAAGUGCUAAGGAGAAAAACAGGAGAAUUGAAAUAAAUUUUAGAAGAGAAUUUUAUUGAGAAAUAUAAAAUGUUAACAGCUGGUACUGUAUUUUGCAUAGUUUGAUCAUUUGCAGAAUUCUGUGGUGCCCUUGGCCAUGAUAACAGCUUUGUGGGUUUCAAGUGCUUUGAGACUACCUUUUCAGUCUGGGUAAUGGGCGUGUCUUGCUCCGCAGCAUACAGAUAAACUGGGCGAAGCCAACAGAACAUUUAUUAGCAGCCCACCUACUAGCUCCCCACAGUUAAAGAGUAAAAACCAAAAUUAGUCCUACUAUGCAAUUAAGCAUAAAAAAAUAUAUAUACUGUCAAAUUGAGAAAUCUUCUCCUUUUUGAAGUCGGUUAAAAUAAGACUAAUGUAACAAAUAUGAUUGUGACAAAUCUGUGAAUAAUGUUUUUUAAUAAAAUGAAAUGAAAUAUG